UUGGCAGGCAGUUGAACUCUGACCAAAACAAACUCAGACGGAUAAAUAUUUGGCUUUGACGUCUGACUGUAAAACAUAUAUUUUCCAAAUGCCUAUACGAUUAAACAAGAGGUGCGAGGAGAAAUAAUUUAUUAGCUGGCUUGGAGACGUAACUGCGCUUGUAGCGGUUGGUAGCUUGAGCUAGCUGUUAGCUAGAGCGCUAACGUUACCGUGAGCUAACAGAAGCCGUUAGCUAACGGUAACGUUAUGACAGACGACCCAGCUGGUGGGAGAAGAAGCUGCAGCCUUCGUUGCCUUAACUAUCAGCCCAACAAUUUAAAACUGGCCUGCCUGCUAGUUAGGUAGCUCAGUAGCCUAAACCACUGCGAACUAAUUUUUCUACGUUGCCUUUUACUGCCUGGAAUAACAGCUCCAGUAUGGGGAUGUGCUUACCGUGCCUUGGUGGAGCAGCGGACGACGUUGUUGUCACUCCAGAUCCGGAGACAAGGAGACGACAAUUAGCUGAAGCCGCUGAGAAGAGACAAAAAGAGACAACAUACAGGGGUGUUAAAAAUCCAGAGGCGGUCGAGAGAAAAAAGAAAAAACAAGAAGAAAUGGAAAAACAGGCAAUGACCACCUCUGUGUCUGGUGGUGGCGGCGGCGGGUUGAAGUGGCAGGUGGGCUGAAAAGCAAGAUGGUAACACCUGAAGUCCAAAACAACAUGAAGUAAUGCGGCAAAAAGACUUGAAAGAUGUUUGAACUGCUGUCCAAUUUUUGAUUUUUAAUUUAUUAUGUUACGAGACAAACGGCUACAUGCAAAACAAUCUGAAGUGAAUACAGACAAGACAGCAGGACCUGCCCCCUAGCUGCCAAGUUAAACAAGCCAGUUUGGACCUUCGGACAAGUCAGGGAUGACACGGAAAUGUGUGAGCAAAUGCAGGUCCUACUGUAUUUGUUUUAUCUGACAAUAGAUUAGACCUAGGGCGACCGACAUUAGAUAACACUAAACUAAUAUGGUGACAAAGUCCAGCAGUAUUUCUGCUAUUAUAUUAAGACAAAGCCACCCUCAACACUUUUCAGCUUUUUCACCACACUACUUUCAGUUUUCAUUGUCGAGGAUCAAUAUUUAACGUAAAUCCACAUCCACCACAUACAUUUUUUUAUGACUUCUCCAAAAAUCUGUUAUGCAAAUGACACAUUUUUACAAGUAAAACAGUUUAUGUUUACAAAAAUGUAAGUGUGCUUAUUGUAGGAUUAGUAUAUAAUUUUGAAAAAAAGCACAGUUAAUAUUCAUUUCACCUUAUGUAGGGCUGAAUCUGGUGGCAACAUAAAGACUUGUGCAAACAGUGCAAACUUGUUGGUAUUUACUGAACUUGUAAUGCACUUUGCCUGUCCGUUGGCUGUUUUCGUGACUAGUGCAUGUCACAUACAAGUCCCUUGUUGAUGAGGAAUUAAAUGCAAGGUGUUGUGUCUUCAACAUUGUGCUCAGAAUAUGUUUGAAAAGCACACCUGUUCUUGAUGCAACAUUACUUUAUACACUAAUUUGGGAGUUCAGUCAGGAACACUUAACACUAAAACAUUCUCCAGCCACUAUCGAUGAAAAGGAGCGCACAAAGACAAGCUGUUAAUGACUUUGUGCACAUGGCCUGUUGCACUUUGCACUCAUCUUUCCAAUCACUCCUCUAAUAAAUAAGCCCUUUUUUGUUUUGUUUCUGCACAAUUGUUUGAGUUUGUUGCAUUUGAUUACAAUGUAUGCUAAACACUGAUGCGAUGCCUGCUUAAUUUAAAUGCUAUGAAAUGUGUCUGUGAAUUGCCAUAUUGCAAACAGAAGCUUUUGUUAGACAUCUAUUCGCACACAGUUUGUCAACAUUUGGUGAACAGCAAACAUGCUUGCUAACACUCGGUUGGGAGAGAUUCAUGUCAACUGUAACAGAAACAGAAAAAAGAUGAAGGAAAAGAAACAAGUGAAGUGUGUAGAGUACGUUGUGAAGUAGUUUGACUUGCUAAACCGAGUGCAUUUCUUACACUUGAUCCUUAAAUGCUUCCGGUGCUCUCACCAUUUUGUAGAACAGGAAAUCUAGCCAAUGUUAUUUGCUACAAUAAAUCACAUUUCUGCUA